AUGGAAAUUGUCGAAGAAAUUAAGGACUCCACCGUUAACGAAACGGAUUUGAUUUUUUACUACAGAAAUCUUUGCCCCAUAAAUGACCUAUGCAACUGGCUAAACUACAAAAAUGACAUUAAGGGCAAAUACACCAAGCUUAACGACCCCCAUUUUUUUGCCAAGAGGGAAUUCUCCUUUACUUGUAAGAAGAAUGAUCAAGGGAAAGAUGAAAUCUACCUCAGGUGGCUGUCCUUUAACAAUUCGGAAGAAUUCAAGGAAAAACUACUAUCCAACCUUGUGCCGAUCAAAUUUGAUAUCGGCGCAGUAUACAACUACCCAGUUUAUCAGAAGGAUCAAAAGGGGGAUAUAUUUCACCCCGUUCAAAAGGAACUUAUUUUCGAUAUCGAUAUGAACGAUUAUGACGACAUCAGAACUUGCUGUAACGACAAGAAAGUGUGCAAAUUAUGCUGGAAAUUCUUAACCAUAGCAAUUGUACUUCUCGACACAGCACUGCGCGAAGAUUUUGCACUUCAAAACAUUUUGUGGGUCUACUCAGGAAGAAGAGGAAUACAUUGCUGGGUUUGUGACGAGUCUUGUCGCUACUACACUACUGACGCCAGAGCUGCCCUCGCAGAUUAUUUGAACAUCCUAUCUGGUCCGGAUACUAAGAAGAAGAAAGUUUCCAUAUGGGGCAAGGAAAAAUAUCCCAUGAUUGAGAGGGCCUUUGAAAUCUGCUAUAAGUAUUUCGAUAUCCUGAUGGAGGAGCAAGACUUCUUCAAGAAGGGGUCUCCGCACGUGAACAAAAUAAUGGAUUAUCUACCCUACGUCACGGCCAAGAACGUGGACCCGGUGAAAAGCGCCAGACUUAGCGAAUUCAAGCAGUUUAUCGAUAGGAACAACUUCAACUCGAAGGACCUCUUCGAAAAAUUGAGUUCAAUAUAUAGCUUUCCAACGCCAAGUAAUUACUUUAAGAAGAAAGAUGCAAAUAGGAAUGUAACUGUUCCUCCAUUCAUCAAGGAACUGGUUUUUCAUUUCACCUACCCAAGACUUGAUAUUAACGUUAGCAAAGAAAUAAAUCACUUGCUCAAAAGCCCCUUUUGCAUUCACAAUGGCACAGGAAGAGUGUGCGUUCCACUGAAUAUAAAAAAUAUAGAUAACUUCAAUCCCCAGUUCGUACCCACACUAAAAUUACUGAGGGAACAAUUUGACGACCCACAGAAUGCCCACGUUGAUCCUGAAUAUAGAACAUCUCUGAAGCAAUAUGUCGAUUACUUUCGUCAGAAUUUUUUGGAGAACAUAUUGUUAUCAUGCGCGGACAAAAGGAAAAGAAUAAGUGAAGGCCCCAAAUAUAUCGACUAUAGCAACCUAUGA